AUGUCAAAUAGUCAGUCAAGUUCAUGGACGUCGUUCCUUAAAUCUAUUGCUUCGUUUAAUGGAGAUUUAUCUUCAUUAACAGCACCUCCAUUUAUCUUGUCACCUACAUCAUUAUCGGAGUAUUCACAAUACUGGAGUGAACACCCAGAUUUGCUUAUCGAGCCAAACUUUUUGUUGCUGACCGAAGGGGCCGAUAAAUCAGAGGAAGAAGCGAUGGCAUUAAAGAGAAUGAUUGCGGUUACCAAAUGGUUUAUUUCGACGCUAAGAUCACAGUACUGUUCAAGGAGUGAGACGAUGGGAUCGGAAAAGAAGCCGCUCAACCCAUUUUUGGGAGAGGUGUUUGUUGGAAAGUGGUCAGACGAAUCGAAGGACGGUAAGCUUGGUGAGACGGUGUUGAUAUCAGAACAAGUGUCACACCAUCCACCGGUUACGGGUUACGCUAUCUACAACGAGAAGAAUAACACUGUGUUACAAGGAUACAAUGGAAUCCGAGCCACUAUUUCCACCACGUCGAUCAAUGUCAAGCAAUACGGCCACGCCAUAUUAGAAUACAAGGACUUAAACGAGUCGUAUUUGAUUACGUUGCCACCAUUACAUAUCGAGGGAUUGAUCACGGCGGCGCCAUUUGUAGAAUUGGAAGGUACAUCGUAUAUCCAGGCAUCCAAUGGACUCCUUGCGACCGUUGAUUUCUCUGGUAGAGGAUACUUCUCAGGAAAGAAGAACACAUUUAAGGCUCGUAUCUACCGUGACAAGCUCUCUAGUGCCAACAAGACUAACGCAUUGGUCACGGCCGCCGGCCAGUGGUCUGGCAAGUCGUACAUUGGUAAGGGGUCGGAAACUCCUUCCAAGGGCGAAUUAUUCUACGACGCCCACAACGCCGAGGCCGAACACUUGAUUGUCAAGCCGAUCGAGGAACAACACGAGUUGGAAGCCAGAAGGGCAUGGCAAAACGUGGCCGAGGCCAUCAAGAAGAGCGACUAUGACAUGAUCCACCAAGAAAAGUCGCUUAUCGAGAACAGCCAGCGUGAAUUGAGAAAGAAAGAACAAGAGGCUGGAUCCAAGUGGGAGACCAGGUGGUUCGACCACGUCGACUAUCUCGCGUCCGAAGACAUCACCGAUCCGUUCACGAAUUUGACCAACUUGGCCAGUUUAUCUAUCCACAACGCCCCAUCGGGGUCGUUAAAGAGCUCAAAACACGACAAUGGCGACGCCAAACACUGGAGAGUCAAUUUCACCAAAUGGGAAAACGAACCAGAGAUCAAAAUCUAG